AUGACAGUUCUCACCAGGAAACUGAAGAAAGCUGCUCGGAUUAUUCUAGUUGGCGCACCUGGUGUUGGGAAAGGUACCCAAACCGAAAGACUGAUCAAGAGAUUUCCCCAAUUGGCCUCCAUAAGCUCGGGAGAUCUGCUGCGGGAUCAUGUCCGUAAUAAGACGCCGUUAGGCGUUCAAGCGCAGUCCGCCAUCGAAGCCGGGAAGCUCGUCCCAGAUGCAAUGAUACUGGAUUUGAUAUCCUCCGAACUCGUAUCCAAAGGCUGGCUUUCCAAGCCCACCCCAUCAGCAUCCCCAUCGACAAAAGCGGCGGGACUGAACCCUUCUGCGUCUUUCAUACUCGACGGGUUUCCCCGAACGGCGACACAGGCAUCCAGCCUGGAGAGCUUAGUCCCUAUCAAUCUCGUUGUACACCUCCUUACACCGCCCGCCGUUAUAAUAUCUCGAAUCGCAUCUCGAUGGGUUCACCCAGCUUCGGGUCGGGUAUAUAACACAAGUUUCAAUGCGCCAAAGGUACCCGGGAAGGAUGAUAUAACCGGAGAACCUCUGGUUCAAAGACAAGAUGAUUCGGUUGAUGUUUGGAAACAAAGGCUGAAGAAGUUUGAGGAGACCAGCCGGUCGUUACUCAAUCACUACGAGAAGCAGGGAUGCUUGUGGCGGGUUGAGGGCGACACCAGUGAUGAAAUCAGCCCGAAGCUCUUCGCUGAGAUUGAAAGAAGAUUCGGUUGA